UUCUUCUCUUGUGGCGAAACUACUGCUAUUCAGAGUUCUGUCUCACCAGUCCCUUUAGCCAGCCGGUUGCCAGCUUCUCUUCUCGCCGACAUUUCAUUGUUUGACCAGACACUUUCUCGACUAAUGGGUGAUUGGAGUCGAGCUCCAGAUGUCGUCUUUACUGUGAGCCAGCACGAUGGUAGCUUUGUUUCAUGGCUAGUGCAUGGCCUGGAUCAGGCGACCAACUGCCCCGUCGGUCUUCAAUAUCUUUCUGUUCCAGUUUUUGGCUUCCCCAUUUCCAUCUCGAGUAGCCCAGCUGGGGCCAAUGUCUAUCACGAGGUUACCGGUUCUUGGCGAUCGGGUCGCGCGAUCACGGCAACGGGGGCUGGCACUUCAUCCGUCUCCUCUGGGCCCAGCAGUGGUUCGGCAACCACCAGCAGUUCAGGCGGUCCUGCCAGGAUAUGGACGCGCCGCCCUGGACAGGUUUGGUUUUACUACUUUUAA